AUGCAGCCAGAGGCAAAGGGAGCCCUCACGAAGCCCAAGGGACCUCUCGAAUGGGGUCAGCUCAACUUCCUACACACCACUGAUACCCAUGGCUGGCUCGAGGGACACCUGAAGGAGCGCAACUACGGCGCUGACUGGGGAGACUACGCCUCCUUCGUGAAGCAUAUGAGGAAGAAGGCCGACAAGCUCAAAGUCGACCUGCUCCUCAUUGACUGCGGUGACAUGCACGAUGGAAACGGGUUGAGCGACUCGACUUCGCCCAACGGAGUCAUCUCCAACGAGAUAUUCUCUCGCAUCGACUACGACCUGCUGAGCAUUGGGAACCAUGAGCUCUACGUGACGGAUGUUGCCUACGAGACGUUUGCAAACUUCUCCAAGGCCUACGGCGAGAGAUACGUGACCAGCAACGUCCAGAUCAUCGACAAGAAGACGGGCAAGUACGAAUACAUCGGCCAAAAGUACCGCUACUUCACGACCCAGCAUGGCCUCAAGAUCAUGGCCUUUGGCGUGCUCUUCGAAUUCACCGGAAACUCCAACGUCUCCAAGGUUAUCAAAGCUGCAGACCUUGUCCAGGAGUCCUGGUUCAUCGACGCCGUCAAGACGCCCAAGCCAGUCGACCUCUUCAUCAUCUUCGGGCACACGCCUGCCCGCACCGAUGACAAGUUCCCAGCUCUCCGUAUCUUGCGCCAGAAGAUCCAGGAGCUUCGUCCCGGUGUCCCCAUCCAGGCCUUUGGCGGCCACAACCAUGUCAGAGACUUUGUCGUCUACGAUGAAACCUCCACCGCUCUGGGAUCCGGACGAUACUGCGAGACCCUCGGAUGGCUGUCCAUGACCGGAAUCAAGUCUCGUACCUACAGAGGCAGCAUGAAGCCAAAGGGCGUCCCCAACCCGACUCGACGGGCCAUCAAGGGCAAUGCCACCGAUUCUUCUUCUUCCACCGAAUCUCACCCUCGCCCGCCCAAGGGACUGGACCUCCGUUAUGCUCGCCGUUACCUAGACUGGAACCGCUUGACCUUUGCCUACCAUGCCUCCAAGUCCCAGGACAGGCAGUUCGAUACCCUCCCGGGCCAGCGUAUCACCCACGAUAUCACCGAUGCCCGUAAGGAACUCAACACGUCCACCGUUCUCGGAUGCGUCCCGGAGACCUACUGCAUGUCCUGCCUCCCCUUCGAGGACAAGAACAACAUCUACCAGGUCGUCAUCGACAUGCUGUCCAAGGUCGUCGUCAAGGAAGAUCGAGCCGAUAGGCCGAGGCUCCUCCUCCUCAACACCGGCGGUGUCCGAUUCGACCUCGUCAAGGGCCCCUUCACCAAAGACGACGAAUACAUCGUCUACCCCUUCAAGAACCAAUUCCAGUACCUGCCCGAUGUACCCUAUUCCAUCGCCAGCCAGCUCCUGGACGCCCUGAACAAGGGGCCGUACCAGAAACGUGCGGAUGAGUACACCCCCAUGCUCGCUCCCCGGCUCAACGCAGAUGAAGUCUGCGCCGACCCAUCGCCGGAAUUCAUCGAGCUCCAGCGCCGUGAGGCCCCCCAGCCCUACAAGGCCUUCACCCGCCGCACCAUCGACUCCUCGAUGCUGUACCCCGGCUACACCACCUCCGAUGACUUUGGCCUCGACGGCGACGACACGCCUCACUCCAAGAUCCCAUACUACAAGGUUCCCAUCGACGUCCAGGCCAACGCUUCCUUCCCUACCGACGGCUCCAAACCUGAGCUCAUCGAUCUCGCCUUCGUAGACUUCAUCGGCGCAAGUUUUGUCAUUCCAGCCCUCAACAAACUUGGCGGGAAGUACUCUGCCGGCGAUAUCCAGCCAUAUAAGGACUUUGGUGAAUCGAGCUUCUUGCGCGAAUAUGCUCUCAAGUUCUGGCAGAAAGGCUUGCCUGACUGCCCUACUUCCUAG